GAUACGGUAGUUUGAGUCAGGACAUUUCAGUAAUUUCACAGCGAAUUUGGUACUCGGUGGAUUGUGAUACCGAGGACCAUUACCCUUUGAUCAGCUUCACAAUUCGAAACAAACACCUGAUUCACUUCUCCACCCCUACAUGAACAACUAAUUACACACACACACACAAGAUCCAUUUCAUUUUCAGAUUUGGUUUCCAGAUCCAAAGCUUAAUUGCAGUGUAUGUGUGUAAAUACACACAGUGAUUGACUAAUUGAAGGGCGAGAAUGUUGAAAUUGAAGGCGUUUCGUCCGACGAAUGAUAAGAUCGUGAAGAUUCAAUUGCAUCCAACUCAUCCCUGGCUUGUUACUGCUGAUGCAUCUGAUCAUGUUUCUGUUUGGAAUUGGGAGCAUCGUCAGGUGAUAUAUGAGCUUAAAGCUGGUGGAGUCGAUGAGAGGCGCUUGGUUGGGGCUAAGCUGGAGAAACUUGCAGAGGGAGAUACAGAAUCUAGAGGAAAACCUACAGAAGCCAUACGGGGAGGGAGUGUUAAGCAGGUUAGCUUUUAUGACGACGAUGUGCAUUUUUGGCAACUUUCUCGUAAUCGGUCUGCUGCUGCGGAGGCUCCAACAGCAGUGACCAAUGUCACAUCAGCAUUUAGCUCUCCUGCUCCAUCAACGAAAGGAAGACAUUUUAUUGUCAUCUGCUGUGAAAGUAAAGCCAUAUUUCUAGACUUGGUGACUAUGCGUGGCAGGGAUGUUCCUAAGCAGGACCUUGACAACAAAUCACUUCUCUGUAUGGAAUUUCUUUCUAGGUCUGUUGUUGGUGAUGGUCCUCUGGUAGCUUUUGGGGGUUCAGAUGGUGUAAUUAGAGUUCUCUCAAUGAUAACAUGGAAGCUUGCUAGAAGAUACACAGGAGGUCAUAAAAAAUCAAUAUCUUGUUUAAUGACCUUUAUGGCUUCCACCGGAGAGGCACUUUUGGUUUCUGGAGGUAGUGAUGGUUUACUUGUGCUUUGGAAUGCUGACUAUGGCCAAGACUCACGAGAACUUGUGCCAAAGCUGAGUCUUAAGGCGCAUGAUGGCGGGGUCGUAGCUGUUGAGCUAUCUAGGGUGAUGGGAGGUGCACCUCAGCUCAUUACUAUAGGCGCUGAUAAGACACUAGCAAUCUGGGACACAUUAUCUUUCAAGGAACUGCGACGUAUUAAACCUGUACCAAAAAUGUCGUGCCACAGUGUGGCAUCAUGGUGUCACCCUCGAGCACCCAAUCUUGAUAUAUUAACUUGUGUCAAGGAUUCCCACAUAUGGGCUAUUGAGCACCCUACGUAUUCGGCUCUAACAAGGCCAUUAUGUGAGCUUUCCUCGUUAAUUCCUCCACUAGCACUUGGAUCUCACAAAAAACUGAGAGUUUAUUCUAUGGCUGCGCAUCCAUUACAGCCACACCUUGUUGCUACUGGGACCAAUAUCGGUGUGAUCAUUAGUGAAUUUGAUGCCAGAUCUCUUCCAGCUGUAGCAUCUUUACCAACACCCCCAGAAAGUCGAGAACAUUCGGCUGUUUAUGUUAUUGAAAGAGAAUUAAAGCUGCUAAACUUCUCGUUGUCCAACACGGCAAAUCCUGCUCUUGGGAGUAACGGGUCCUUGACAGAAAAUGGAAGACCGCGUGGAGAUUCGUCUGAACCACUUCAAGUCAAGCAGAUAAAAAAGCACAUUAGCACUCCUGUUCCACAUGACUCAUAUGCAGUUCUUUCUGUGAGCAGUUCGGGGAAGUAUCUUGCAGUUGUAUGGCCUGAUAUUCCUUAUUUCUCAAUUUACAAGGUCAGUGAUUGGUCCAUAGUAGAUUCAGGUAGUGCCAGGCUCUUGGCUUGGGAUACUUGUCGAGAUAGAUUUGCUCUUUUGGAGUCUGCUGCACCUCCUCGAAUCCCCUUGAUUCCGAAAGGGGGAUCAAGAAAAGCCAAGGAAGCUGCUGUAGUUGCUGCUCAAGCUGCAGCUGCAGCAGCUUCUGCUGCUUCUUCUGCUAGUGUGCAAGUUCGCAUCCUGUUAGAUGAUGGGACAUCAAAUAUAUUAAUGAGGUCUAUUGGCGGCCACAGUGAACCGGUUAUUGGUUUGCAUGGGGGAGCGCUACUUGGUAUAGCGUAUCGGACAUCGCGAAGAGUCAGCCCCGUUGCUGCUACUGCUAUUUCAACAUUCCAGUCUAUGCCCUUAUCUGGCUUUGGUAGCAGCGGGCUUUCCUCGUUCACCACUGUUGAUGGCUAUUCUUCUCAUAAUUCUUCAGCGGAAGCUGCACCUCAGAACUUCCAGUUAUACAGUUGGGAAAACUUUCAACCAGUCGGUGGUCUUCUUCCUCAACCAGAAUGGACAGCAUGGGACCAAACGGUUGAGUAUUGUGCCUUUGCCUAUCAGCAAUACAUUGUCAUAUCUUCCUUGCGUCCUCAAUAUAGAUACUUGGGAGAUGUUGCCAUUCCAUUUGCUACAGGUGCUGUUUGGCAACGGAGACAGCUCUUUGUGGCUACACCAACUACGAUAGAGUGUGUUUUCGUUGAUGCUGGUGUUGCUCCCAUUGAUAUAGAAACUAAACGGCGUAAAGAAGAGAUGAAACUGAAGGAGGCUCGUUCGAGAGCUGUUGCAGAGCAUGGUGAGUUGGCUCUGAUUGCGAUAGAUGGUCCGCAAACUGCAACACAGGAGCGGAUUUCUUUGAGACCUCCAAUGCUACAGGUUGUGCGGUUAGCAUCUUUUCAGCAUGCUCCAUCUAUCCCUCCAUUCUUAAUGUUACCUAAACAAUCUAAAGUUGGUAGUGAAAGCUCAUCCGUGCCUAAAGAUAUGGAUAGUAGGAAAGUCAAUGAAGUUGCUGUCGGUGGGGGAGGGGUGGCAGUGGCAGUAACUCGUUUUCCAGGAGAACAAAAACGGCCAGUUGGACCUCUUGUGGUAGUGGGCGUUCGGGAUGGUGUUCUUUGGCUUAUUGAUAGAUACAUGUCUACCCAUGCAAUAUCCCUCAGCCAUCCCGGAAUCCGCUGCCGUUGUCUAGCUGCCUACGGAGAUGCUGUUAGUGCAGUAAAAUGGGCAAGUAGGCUUGGCAGAGAACAUCAUGAUGAUUUGGCUCAGUUUAUGCUUGGGAUGGGUUAUGCUACUGAAGCACUUCAUUUGCCUGGGAUAUCUAAGAGAUUGGAAUUUGACCUGGCAAUGCAGAGCAACGAUCUGAAAAGAGCCCUCCAGUGUCUUCUAACAAUGAGUAACAGCAGGGAUAUUGGAAAUGAAACUGUUGGGCUAAACUUGAACGACAUUAUGAGUCUAACUGUCAAAAAGGAAGAUAUUGUGGAGGCAGUUGAUGGAGUAGUGAAAUUCGGGAAGGAAUUUCUUGAUCUUAUUGAUGCUGCAGAUGCCACUGCUCAAGGUGAGAUUGCUCGUGAAGCUCUUAAGCGGUUAGCUGCAGCCGGUUCAGUGAAGGGAGCUUUACGGGGACAUGAAUUAAGGGGAUUAGCCUUACGAUUAGCGAAUCACGGGGAGUUGACUCGACUUGGGGGAUUGGUAAACAAUUUGAUUGCUGUUGGUGCCGGACGAGAGGCAGCAUUUGCAGCUGCACUUUUAGGAGAUAAUGCAUUGAUGGAAAAAGCAUGGCAGGAUACUGGAAUGCUUGCUGAAGCUGUAUUACAUGCUCAUGCCCAUGGGAGACCUUCUUUGAGGAGUCUGGUUCAGGCUUGGAACAAGGUUUUGCAGAAGGAGAUGGAGCAUGGUCCUUCAACCAAGACAGAUGCUGCAGCUGCCUUUUUGGCUUCUCUUGAGGAACCCAAACUUACCAGUCUAGCUGAUGCUGCAAAGAAGCUUCCCAUUGAGAUUCUUCCCCCAGGGAUGGCAUCUCUUUAUGCUCCUAAUCCUGGUCAGAAGAAAUCCACCGGUGCAAUUCAGGGUUCGCUACAAGCAGCAAACAAGCCAUUAUUACUUGAAGGUUCUAAUUCGACACCAGCAACUGCUCCUCAGGCUGCAGAAUCUGGAACUUCUCCAGCGGCGGAGGAAUCAGGCGCCCCUACCUCAGAAUCAGGCGCUCCCCCUACCUCAGAAUCCGAUGCUCCCCCUUCAUCGGAAUCAGGCGCUACCCCUGCAUCGGAAUCAGGCGUUUCCCCUGAACCAGAAUCAGGCGUUCCUCCUGAACCAGAAUCAGGAGCUCCUACUACACCAGAAUCAGGUGCUCCUACUACACCAGAAUCAGGUGUCUCAGAAUCAGUCCAAGUGCCAACACCAGAAACUGAUGCUCAUUCGACUUCAGAAUCAGGUUCUAAUCCUCCUCCAGAAUCAACUAAUGGUGCAACAGGACCCACAUCAGAAUCAAGUGCAGCAGUUGCAUUGGACACAAGUGAACGAUGUUCAGAUAAUCCAUCUUAUGCAUCCCCUGUAAGUAUGUCCAGUAUAGUACCAGCCGAAACUCCACAAACAUCUAGUAAUCCAGUACCGACAGAAGCUCCUAACCAGUUACCAGAAGUAUCAAAGCCGAGUGUCCGCCCAGAAUUACCAAUGAAUUUCUUUACUUGACACUAGCAACCUGGUAAAGCUGUUGAUUUUUUGGUAUACAGUGUGUUGUUUUUACCAUCAUAUGUUCUUAUGGGAGAGGAACUAUCAUCACAGAGUAUAAAGUGAGAGUAGGGUUUGUGUUGUGGCGGACUUGCUAUCUUUUACAUUUGGCUUGACAAUUGUUAUACUACUUUAGUGUGUUACAAUUCAUCCAUUCUUUUCCUCUGAUCUUGUAAUACUCCCAUGCCAAUUUAAACAUGUCUUUCUGUUUUUGAAGCUA